UAGUCAAGAGCAAAAAAAAACUCUGAACACGACUCCCAGCUGUAAAAUCGGCUCAUAAACAUCAUCGGGGCUGCAUGCACAAAGUGCCAAGAUAAAGUCUAUCCAAUCUAAGAGAUUAGAUAACCCGAAGAAACUUUGCUCAGGAGGUGUUAAGCCACCUUCUUGUAAAUGAGCAGUUCAAACUUGGAGUGCAGAGUCAGUCGAAGCGUCGCCAUGCCGUGCACCACGAGUCUCUGCCUCCUCCUCCUCCUCCUCCUCGUCUUGGCCUCGUCCGCGCUCGGAGCUCCGGCGAGGAAACCGAGGCAGAAGCUGCUGCUGGUCUCCUUCGAUGGCUUCCGGUGGGAUUACGACCGCGACGUGGACACGCCGAACCUCGACGAGAUGGCAAAGGAUGGAGUCAAGGCGGCGUACGUCACACCUCCUUACCUCACCGUCACCAGUCCUUCACACUUCACCCUCUUGACAGGCCGCUACAUCGAGAAUCACGGGGUAAUCCACAACAUGUGGUUCAACACAACCACCACCGAGAAGAAGCCGUACUAUCAGACUCAGUUUGUGAACGAGUGGUGGGACAAUGGCACUCUGCCUAUCUGGAUCACGGCGCAGAGGCAGGGUCUGAAAGCUGGCUCUCUUCACUUUCCUGGCACAGCUUCCAGUUACCAGGGACAGGUUGCUAUGGUGCGGGAAGUGGAGCCACAGCCUUACAAUUACAAGGACGAGACCCUUUGGAGACAGAACUCAGACAAGGUGAUGGGCUGGUUCAGAGAUGAGGAUCUAGACUUCGUAUCCCUGUACUUCGGUGAACCAGACGGCACGGGCCACAGAUACGGCCCCGACUCCCCAGAACGUCGGGAGAUGGUCAAGCAAGUGGACCGGGCGGUGGGCUACAUCCGUCGCUCAGCCGAUAAAUAUGGGCUGACCGACCGCCUGAACAUCAUCAUCACGUCAGACCACGGCAUGACCACGGUGUUGCGGAAAGGUCUGGUGGACGAAAUCACCCUGUACAAGAUCCCAGGUUUCUCGUUCAGUGACGUGUCCUUCCACCUGGUUGAUUACGGCCCUUCUGGAAUGCUGUUGCCAAAGCCGGGAAGGCUGGAGAAGGUUUACGCCGCCUUGAAGGACGCCCAUCCUCACCUCCAUGUGUACAAGAAGGAGGACAUGCCAGAGAGUCUCCACUUCUCCAAGAAUGAUCGCAUCCUCCCCAUCAUUUUAUGGGCCGACCCCGGAUACCUCAUCAACGGGUAUUUUCCAGUUCAGUUCAACAAGGGUGAGCACGGCUUUAACAACCAAGAGAUGGACAUGAAGGCCUUCUUCAGGGCAGUGGGCCCGGCGUUUAACAAGAAUCUGGAGGUGGGGCCCUUUGAGACGGUGAACAUCUACCCCUUGAUGUGUCACAUCCUGGGCAUACAGCCGGAGGUCAACGACGGCCAUUUGAACGCCACCAAACACAUGCUGGUUAACGGCGCCGCGACUCGGGCCGCAGAUGUGAACUCUAUGCAAGAUGUCUUCACAGGACUGGCUGCAGUGUCUGGAUUUCUUGUUGUACUUUUUAUAGCGAUGAUAUCUCACAGAGUACUAACGAAGACACGCAACAAUAAAAGAUUGGGAAGUUCAGAACAUCAUCCAGAAGAAAAAGAAGAAGAGACAAAACAAACUUCUUUUUGAUCGCAGAAAUAAUCGUACCGCGGCCUGUGGACAGUCCACGCAUGACUCCUUGUUUUAUUUUUUAUCCCAUGUGAGGAAACAAACAGCAGAAAUCAAUAAAAAUAAAUUCUCACAA